AUGUCAAUAUUACGUAGAACUGAUAUCUUGAAGAGAUAUAUUCCGAUUUCUGGACCUGAGACUGAGGCAGAGGGGCUACAGGAACUAAGAAAAAUAUCUUUGAAAUUUGAACAGAAGAUUUAUACUUCUGCAACAACUGCAAAUCAGAAUGAUUAUUUGCGGAAGAUAGCCUUGAAGAUGAAGGUUAUGGAAACCAUAUCACAAAAUCCCAUGCCAGAUGCAAUGCAUUCUAACCCUGGUGCUAAUUCUGUAAACCCCUCGGAUCCAGGUACUUCCAAAUACACGUUUUCAAGGUAUAACUAA